AUGUCUAUUUUGCUGAAGUUUGAUAAUAAUUUUGGAAAUGAAGAGAGUGGAAGCUUAGAUAAGUAUAAACAUCGCUUUGCAUUGCUAUCGUGCCUGUACUUCGAGAUCAAUUGGGGCCUUAUAUGCCCCACUUACGGUGACGUAACAGCAAAAGUGGAAAAUAUGUUCAACAAAAAAAUAAAGUUACUAAUUCAUUAUCCCGGUUUGUCGGCCGUUGCUUUGAUAACAGAAGACGGAGAGCAACAUACAUGGAGAACGUUAAUACCUUAUUCUAUACGUUAUAUACCGCAUAAAAUUGAUUGGAGUAAUACAAGGAUUGUGAGAACCGCAAGUGGCUCCAAAAAUGGCGCUUUUCUCAUUUUAACUGAUGAUGGCAAGAUAUAUUACAAAAUGUCCCGCAUGUGCUUUAAUGAGGGCAUUUAUCAAAUAAAUAUUAAAGAUGAAUAUCAAACGAUUACAAGCAUGAGUUGCGGAAAAAACUUUUUUGUGAUGGUAACAAAUAUUGGUAAAAUAUACACUUGGGGAGAUAAUGUGCAUAUUCAACUGGGUGUUCCUAAAGUGUAUAUCUUCUCAAGAAGUCCAUUGGAAAUAACCGAACUUUCAGGCAAAUCAAUUGUCAAAGUGGCCUGUGGAAAACAUCAUACACUUGCUUUGACUGACAAAGGGAAAGUGUAUGCGUGGGGUUCAAACAAACAUUGGCAAUUAGAACGUAUUAGAGAAGAUAGCAGAACCAUCUUCUACGGACAUCAUCCAUUCAUGUUGAAUAUACCUAACAUGAAGAAAGCAUCAGAUAUCGCCACCAUGGCAAAUUGUAGCAUUGCCAAGUCCAGUGAGAACGGACUUAUUUAUUUGUGGGGUGAAAUUGGUAAAGUAGAAAUGAUGAACCAUGUUGUCUGCGAAUAUACGAACAUAUUUGACAUAUCCAACACGAAUAAUGCCCAUUCACCAAUGUCCAUGGUUCAUGAUUUUACAGAUGAGGAAUGUAACAUAUUAAAUGAUUUGGAAGCUGCAUUCAACGAUGAGUCAACGAGUGACCUUACGAUAAAAAACAGAAACAGAUCCAUGAUUUACGUCCACAAGUCUAUCUUGAAGAUUCGUUGUUCGUAUUUCAGAACAUUGCUCGGCUACAUUGAAAGUACAGAAAGCAUCAUCAAUCGUGACAUUUAUGUAUAUGCAGUGUAUGAAACCUUUUUUAAAUAUUUAUAUACUGGCAAAUUCGAUCUAGCAUCUGUACAUGACUUGUUAGAUCUCUUAGUACUGGCUGAUGAUGUCGGGGAGAAAAAUCUCGAGAUGGAUUGUUUUCCAGCAAUAAGGAAAGCAAUUACCGUAUCAAACGUUAUAGACCUUUUCAACCUUGUUAACAAAGUGUAUGAAAAAAUGUUGCCAGAUAAACAUAAAGAGGAAUUGACGAAUUAUUGUUAUAACUUCUAUUUGAAAAAUGUGACGGAAGUGACCCAGACUGAAGAUUUUCAAAACUUGGAUAAUGAAAGUCGAAUUAAGUUCUUAACUAGACGGAACGAGUUCUUUGAAAAUUGA